UCUGCAAACUCCUCCUCUCCAUUUACAGGAUGGAAAGCAGCACUCUUUCUCUGAAACUCUUUCUGCAGCUCAUGAACUCUGUGAAGAAAGGAACCCAGAGAGAGGAGACGCCAUGAGUCUGACUGCAGCCCUGAGAGGAUUUGUUGUUGUUCUUUGCUGGUUUGCAGGGAUUCAUAGUCAAACAUGGGGAGUGGAAUACGCCUCCAAACACAUCUGUGCCUUUAAAGGAUCCACAGUGGAAAUAUCCUGCACCUACACAUACCCACCCAGGAUAAGUUACAAGAAAACUGUUGUUCAGAGAGAAUUCUGGUAUGCUAAACUGAAGGACAAAAACCCACUGGACCUGAGAGAAGAUCCUGACUAUGCAGGCAGAGUCACAUAUCGCUGUUCUGAACAGAGCUGCUCACUGAGGAUCAGUGGUCUGAGACUGAAUGACUUUGCUGAGUACAAGUUCAGGUUUGAGACAAACCAACCUGAUGGGAGUUUCACCGGUAAACCAGGAGUCUCUCUGACUGUAACAGAUCUCCAAGUGCUGAGUCAAAGAAAGAGGGAGUGCCAGAGUUAUCCAUGUGCAUUGUUUGAGCUAACAUGCCACAGCAGUUGUGUUCUUCCUCAUUCUUCCUACGUGUGGUACAUAAAUGGUGAAAUAAUAACGGCUGGAUCACAACAAAAGUACUCAACCUACCUUUACGCUGCAGACAGUGUUUCCUGUGCUGUAAGAGGACACGAGUCUUUCCACUCUCCUGCUGUGUGUCCUCGUGUGCAGGUGAUCCGGUCUGGACUGGAGCUGGUUUGUCACAGCAGCUGUUUUCCUCGGCAUCACCUUUCCUUUGUGUGGUUCAUGAAUGGACAGGAAGUUCAGGGAGAAACUUCUGAUUAUUACAGAAAACCUGUUUCUCCUGAAGCCUCCUACUCCUGUUCUUACCAGGGUCACCGCUCACCUGAAGUCUAUGCUCCAAAGUCCGUUUCUGUAUCCAUGAGUCUGACUGAGAUUAUGGAGGGCAGUUCAGUGACUCUGACCUGCAGCUGUGAUGCUAAUCCACCAGCUAAAUUCAGAUGGUACAAAAACAACCAAACUCUGCUCCUUGAGGAUCAAAGUCUGAUCCUCAGGUCCGUCCAGCGUUCUGACUCCAGAAAAUUCCACUGUGUAGCUGAGAAUGAACUUGGGGAAUUAGCAUCUGACCAAGUCUUCAUAAAUGUGGAAUAUCCUCCAGAAACCUCCUCUGUGUCAGUGAGUCCCUCUGCUGAGGUCCUGGAGGGCAGUUCAGUGACUCUGACCUGCAGCAGUGAUGCUAACCCAGCAGCUAAAUACACCUGGUUCAAAGACAACAGAACUCUGCUUUCAGAAGACAAAGUUCAUUUCUCCUCCAUCAGGUCUGAACACUCAGGAAAUUACAGCUGCAAGUCUGAGAACAAACAUGGACAAAGCAGCUCGACUCCUCUGCUCCUGGAUGUUCAGUAUCCUCCCAGGAUUCCCUCAGUGUCAGUGAGUGUCUUUGGUAAAAUCUCUAAGGGCAGUUCAGUGACUCUGACCUGCAGCAGUGAUGCUAACCCAGCAGCUAACUUCUCCUGGUACAAGAAGGAUGAAGACUCACCAAAAGCAUCUGGACCAAACUGGACCAUCAGUGAUUUCAGAGCUGAACACAGCGGCUUUUAUUACUGUGAAGCAGAGAACAGAAGAGGAAGUCUGAACUCCAGUUUACAUCUGAUUGAAACAGAAACAGGUUCAUGGAAAUCAGCAGCAACUGCAAAGACCACAUUUGCUGUUUUGUUGUUUGUCUUUAUCCCCGCCUUUCUUUGGAUCAGAAAAAACAGGCGUGUCACAGAGCAGCAGGAGAAGAGAGCUGCCAACAGAACUCAGCUCAACACGAGUCCAGACAUCAACAGUCCAUCUGCAGAAACAGAAGCAGCAGAAGAGCAGCUUGAGCUUCAUUACAGCAGCAUCCACCUCUCUGAGAACCAGGAGGAAUGUCUGUACCCCAACAUCAGGAGAAAUCCCAAACCCAGACAGAGACCAGAGGACAACUCUGUUGAAUACUCUGCAGUUGGAUUCAAGAAAUCUGCUGAAGCUAAAAAAACAACAGAAGCUGAACAUUCAGAGGAUUUUGCUUUUUACAGCACCGUCAACAAAGUCUCAUCCUGAUGCAGGAAAUUCAGAUUUACCUUCACCUUCUGCUGUUAUUGACGUGUUUGAUUUAAGAAGAUUCUCAGCUUGGUCACUUUUUCUCUUAAAUGAUUCAUGAAUAACACAACAAUCCAAUAUAAUCAGGAGAACCAACUGUUUUUUUUUAUAAAAUUACUUUCACUUAAAUAUGUUUUUUAGGAUGAUUUUUUUCUGUGAGGUUAUUACAAACAGAAACAUCUGCAUUAUUGUUGUGCCGGCUUGGUCAUUAUUCCACACAGACGAGAGGCACUAGAGUUCCUGCACUGCUGUUAAUGUGGUUUUCUUUUCUUCAGACUUUAUUCUGCAUCAACAUCGUAGAACUAGCAAACAUAAGUAAUGAAUAACUAUAGCACGUACCUUCACACAAAUAAUGCACAAAAGAAUACAAAUACAUACAACUUUGGCCUGCUAAUGAGCCAACCGGAGAACUAAACACAAUCAAUCUUCUUAA